UAAAAAAAUGUUAGUUUACCUGUAACUUGCAUUCGAGAUGUUUCAAUUUUUGUCAUUGCUAUUCUGCGAGCUACUUAUUUUAUUUCACACGACAGUCGCUAGUCGUAUGCAGCAAGGUUCCUUAAAAGUAUCAGAAAAACCUAUGGUCAGCCAAAGAUCUUCCAGUUUUUCAGGGUCAGGUGUAAUUCAAAUUUCUCUAAAAACUCGCGAUAAUGUGGAAUACUAUGGGUGUGUUGGUAUGGGAACACCUCCCCAAAUCUUCAAUGUGCUAUUUGACACCGGCUCAGCAAACACGUGGCUACCUUCUAGCAACUGUCUUACUAUCAAUUCCGCUUGUCAGCUACAUAGUCGUUACAAUGCAAACAUGUCCUCAAGCCAUAGAAGAAUUGGCCGUAACUUCACUUCUGUCUAUGGAAACGGGAAUGUAAGUGGCUACCUUUCUCAGGACACAUUACUAUUGGAUGGUGUUGAGCUAUCUGGCUUAAUUUUUGGCGAAACAUUGCUACAUUAUCAGCCAACGUUUGUCAACACGAAAUUUGAUGGCAUUGUCGGAUUAGGCUUUGGCCAGCUUGCUUGGAAAGAUUCAAUCCCCUUCUUUCAACUUCUCUGUCAACAGAACCAUAUCAAAAAAUGUCUGUUUUCGGUUUAUCUAAGGCGAACGACUGGGGACAACUACGGUGGAAAUAUCAAAUUUGGAACGAUCGAUGCUGAUAAAUACAAAGGGGUACUUCACUACGUAUCACUUCUGGAUACUGGAUACUGGCAGUUUAAGAUGUCUGGUGUAUUUGUGGGAAGCAAGCAAAUCGAGGAUAACGUGAAUGCUAUUUUAGACACGGGGACAUCGCUAAUUUUGGUACCGCAUCGAGUCUUUGACAAGUUACAUGAAGCCAUUGGUGCUAAGGUAGAAAACAAUAGUUAUGUACUGAGUUGUGAACGAACCCAAUUACCAAAUGUUGACCUCCGUAUUGGGGGAAAAAUUUAUUCGAUUAGUUCUAUAAACUAUAUUGUUGAAUUGGAAACUUUAAAUACAAAGAUGUGCACAAGCGCUUUUAUACCAGUUUCUUUAGAAUUCUGGGUACUUGGCAAUAUCUUCCUAACACUAUUCUAUAGUGUUUAUGAUGCGGAAAAUAAACGUAUUGGGUUGGCCGAAGUCGUGGGAGAAUCAAAUUGAAAUAUUAAUCGCCAUGGAAAUAAUCUGUGUUAUUAUAUAUAAGUUAAUAAAAUAAUUGUAAUUACAUACAUUUACUAUUAUUUUUAUUAUAUAUCAUAAAAUAUUUGGAUCAUUGAAUACACAAAUUACCCAUUUUUUGUAUAUGUUAGAUAUUUCUUAGAAUCUCUAAAAUUCAAAAUAUGUAUGCUACAAUUGAUAAGACAAGUUAAUACACUUAUUUGAUAUAAAUCGGUGAAUGACUUAAUACUAACCACUUAGCACAGCUACUCAUUACUUUUAGUUAUAAUCUGAAUAAUCUGAAAUCUGCAUACUUUUUGACGACUGAUGCCCGGUUAUGCGGGAAUAUAUUUCUAAGAAGCUUUACAAAAUGUGACGUAUGCCGUUGGAAUUUACAAAAAUGAUUAACAUCUUCAAAUAAUUUUAAAAUACGCAGUUCAGUAAUGUUAAUGAACUUAUUUGAUAAAAUCAGUGAAUGACCUAUUAACCACUUAGAAAUACUACUCUUUGCUUUUAGUUGCAAUCUAAAAUCUGUUUACAUUUAACGCAUACUGACUGAAAGGUUUAGAAGGAGCAAAUAUCUAAAGAGUCAAAAGGGUUUCAUUUGUUUUGAAAAUUAAAAAAAUAUAAACAUUAUAGUCAACGAGACAGCAUGACUUUGAAAGCUUAAUUUGCCUCAAAUAUGUAGUAUAGGAUAACCAUUAGCCAUCAACGGAUUAAUUUAAUUGAAUUACUUUUAAAAUGUGAAUGUGUAAUAAUGUGUAUAUAUGAUUAAUUAUUACUUUAUUAUUUUGGGCAAAUUAAUAAUGGUUUCCAUGUCAAUCAAAAGUAUAAUCAACAAUGUAAAAUUCAGUGGAAAUGCGAAAACAGCUUACAAAUCAUUUGGAGUCUCAACUAUAAAAGUGUUGUAUUUCGACUGGAUGAGCAUCAUUAGAUUAACCAUAUCGGAAUUUAACACUAAUACUAAAAAUGGCAUUCUCCCAUGUGUUUGUGCUAAGUUGUCUCUUAUAUGGAGUUGUGGCUCAUCGUCCAGCUCCGUCGUAUCCGUUAGCGACUGGCAAGGCACCUGCCGCGAUCAAAGGCAGUGGUUCUGUCCCUGCGAAUUCCUAUUUACCUCCGCCUAAGGAAAUAGGAUCUACUGGAUCAAAGUACACUGCCCAGCGCACAACUGCAACUGUCAAUGCUGCUAGACCAGCUGUUGGCCAAACCACAAGCUCAGGACUUUCACCUUCCAAUUCACCCUCAACUAAGGGUUUGGCUGGUGUCCGUCCAGCUACCCGACAUGGGUCACAUGGAUCAUCUGUUCCAAGAUUAACUAAGCAGAAACCAAUUGCGUCAGUAGCAGGACCCAACGUAAUUUCAGGAUCCGCAGCCGGAGCAGGUCGACCAAUUAAAAGCGGACGUCCCACUCCCCAAUAUUCUGGUCGUGGUGUUUCACGACCAACUGCACAGAAGCCAAUAGUCGGAGCACGAGCACCUAAAACAAUUUCAUCAUCCGGUGCAGACCGCAUAAUCGCUAGCGGCCGUAAACAAAGUGCCAAGAGAAUUGGAGUUUCAGCAGCUCCUGGCCGUCGGACUGUUGGGGCACAUGCUCCCUAUUAAAUGUUUUGUGUAAUCGAACUUGCAGCUAUCAUUGAAUCAUCGACCUCAGCACUUAAUUUUGAAUAUGAAUCUAAAAAGCAUUAUUAUUUUUCUUGUACGUUAAAAUAAACUUCAAACACACUGUCUUAUAAUUAAA